CCCCUUCUAUGAUCCCUCUGGUUGGUUCAUUUCCAGGCCCAUCAAGAUGCUGCAGGUGCCACUGCCCCUGGACCGCGAUGGGAUCCUCUUCCGGCUCCGCUUCACCACGCUGGCUCUGGCGACUGUGUUCUGCCCCCUCUUUGGGUUCCUGUUCUGUGUCAUCUGGUCUCUGCUCUUCCAUUUUCGGGAGACGACAGCGACUCACUGCGGGGUCCCCAACUACCUGCCCUCCAUCAGCGCGGCCAUCGGAGGCGAGACCCCGCAGCGCUACGUCUGGCGCCUCUGCAUCGGCCUGCACUCGGCCCCCCGCUUCCUGGUGGCCAUCGCCUACUGGAACCACUACCAGAGCUGCCACUGCUCCCACCCGCGCUACCUGCGCCUCUGCCACUGCAACCUGCUGCUGAACCUGCUCGAGAACUUCGCCCUCCUCAUCCUCACCUACGUGUCCUCCUCUGAGAACUAUGGAGCGCAAGUCCUACAAGUGGAAGCAACUUCUCUUCUUCUUCACCUUCAUCACGUUUGCAUUUGCUGUGUGUGUCUACUUCCACCACAACUGGUACUGCGGCCCCGGAGUGUACACCAUCUUCGCCUUCCUGGAGUACCUGGUUGUGCUCUCCAACAUGGCCUUCCACAUGACUGCCUUCUGGGACUUCGGCAACAAGGAGCUGGUGGUGAGCUCGCUGCUGGAGGACAAGCACUUCUAGCAGGCUGGGGGGGCAGAGCCCCUUCCUUCUGUUGUCCCCAGGCUGGGGCCAGGAUGUUUGCUGUGGAGCUGCCACAAGGAUUGUUCCGGGGUCCUGGGCCCCACAAGUGUCUGCACAUGGUCCCUGGCUGCGCCUGGAGCAGAGCUGGGGACUCUUGCUGGGGACCCCCGAGGUGAUACCCCCUGUCCUGGCUCCCUGCUGGCUACUGGGAUGGGCAGGAGGAUGGAGGUGGGAACCUGCUCCCUGCUUCUUUGGAGGGUGCCGUGGGCAGAGCGGGGUUCUGCUCCCAGGGACACGGGGACCAGCCUGGCCCUGCCUUGGCUGCGUGGCCUCGGUUCCUCCUCCAGCCUUGGGCAAGCUCCUCAAAAGGAGCUGGUGACUUUUCGGACCUCGAAGCUUAAGGCAGCCUCGGGAGAAGGACUUGGUGCCCCUGCACCUCCGGCUGCAGCCUCCGAAUGGGGCAGUGCACAGCCUUGACCUGUUGGGAAGCUGUUGUGCAGGGCUGGGACAGAGCUGGCCCCAUGCUGGGGCUGGGCCCGGGCCCAGCUUCUUCCCAAGCCUGGGGUGAGCACAGGAUCCAUGCUGGGCGCUGCUCUCCAUCCCCAUGCUGGUGGUGCUGGGAGGAGGGUGCUGGCCCAUGCACAGACUGCACAGGGGCAGAGCAGGAGAGCACCAGUGUGGGACAUGGGGCACAGGAGACCCCGAGAGCUCCCACACUGCCCCUGCCUGUGCCAGAAGCCCCCUCCAGCGAGCAGGGUGCUGGGCUCCGGUGCAAGCACAGGAGCGUGGGCUGGUGCUGGAGGGGCUCUGUGAGCUCCCACUGCUUCCCCUGUCCUCUAGGGCUUGAGAUGGGACGUGCUGGGCUUCAGUGGUGC